AUGAGGUUACGUCGAGGCGGCAGCAGUGGUGAUGGGGAGUACGCUGCAAGUUCAUGCGCUGUCCUUGGCGACUUUAUCCGGGAGAAAGCUUUGGCGGAGAUAGAUUCCUCGAUACUGAGUAGGAAGGCUGAGGAGAGGAUCGAAAUAGGAAGACUAAAGAGGCUGGCAGUGCAGUACACUGGGAAGAUGGAACAUCGAGAGGGACAGUUGGCUGCAUUAAGAGCUCAGAGGGAAGCUAAGAGGGAUGAGGGCAAAGAGAGUGAAGUGGAUGAACGAGAGAAAGACUGUGAGACACUAAUAGAAGAGUACGGGCAGGUCAUUAAACUAGUUCAACAGGAAUGUGAACAUCGAGAGGAAGUAUUGGAACAACUCGCAGCAUACGAGGAGAAGAUGAAAACGGUUGAGACCAUAGAGCUAGCACUGGAGUCCACGAGUGCCGCCGCCGCUGCCGGUGGAAAAGGAAAAGGCGGAGGAACGGUUGGUCAGCCGAUUGAUCUCUACGCAGACCCUCUUAGAGUGGCUGCUGCUCUGAUACCCCCACGUAGUAAGGUAUCGGUCAUAGGCAAACCCCAUACUGUUACUACUGACGACGAGGCGAAAGACUCUGAAGCAGCAGCUCCACCACCGGGGGAGCCCUUCUCGUUAAUACUACCCCUUCGUGUGAUAGAUAGAGAUGAGAGAGUUAGAACAGCCCUCAGGACAUGUGCAUGA